AUGACUUCUCAGCAAGACAAAUCAAAUCCAGUUGCGUCAGAAGUGGCUCGCGAGGCAGCACCAGUGCAGCCAGGGGACUUACCACCAAGCUACGAGGAUACGGUUGGGGAUACGGCUGGUCCAUCAAUCACACCCAACACGCUGAUGCUAUCUGGACACCACGUCGUGCCUGUUUCUGCCGCAAACUACAACCCGCAGCCACUAUACGAGCUGAACCGCGGCGUGGCCGUGUGCACCAACGCGACGCGGAGCAUCACCUUUUCGAGGUUAGACCACGAGGUGCGCCACAAGUCUGACGGGCAGCCAGUGGUCAAGGAGCGAAAGCGUCACCUGUACGACCUCGAGCGCCCGCACUCUUUGCCCUUGGUCGGCAAAUACAGCGAGUCGUGGCCCAGCAGGAGCAGCGGCCAGCACGAGGUUUCCUACUGGUGCCGGAGCCGGUCGCGGCAGACAUUCGGCGACGUGGGCCUGCGGCUCAAGUCGAGCUUCCUGUCCUCCCGGUCCAGCGCCCAGGUGGUUCGGGUCAAGCCCGAGGGCGGCGAGAGCGAAGGGCGUGCGGUGGUCAGGGAGACAAAGGAGGACGAGGCGCAAAGCAUAUUUACGGUCGAGUGGAAGAAGAAGGAAGAGUUUCAUACCUGGAAGGAUGAAAAUGGGAAUCAGGUCGCCUUGGAGAUUGCUUCGGACACCGAGCACAAGUUGGAAGUGACGAGCAUAUUGAAGCAAGAAAUGCUUGAUGUGCUUGUAGCCGCUUGGUGUUUGAGAAUAUGGCUUGACUCUGUGCUCAAACAUGAGAGGGACAAAGACAUGCUCACAAAACUUGGCGAGCGUCCAAUUGCAAUGCGAUACUCUAAAGUAUUUAAUUGA